AUGGCUGAGCUGGAACAAUUGCUUGAGCUGCUGAGGACCAAUGCUGAUGCGUUGAAUACUUUAACACUCUCAAAUCUCUUCUGUUUUGUAUCAUAUGCCUCUUGUCUCAAAGAUGAUAUAUUACUCCCUCAACCUUCCCCGGUUUCUCCCUCAACUGCACCAGAUCUACUCCCAGCAAGUAUUCAAAAAUUCCUCGCAUCUGCUUGUGGAUUCUCUGAGGCGACCACCGAGCGCUGCUGGUCUAUUUUGAAGGACACAAUUUGGAACUCAGCAGAUUUUGCACCUGAAGCCUGCAUUCAAUAUCAAUUAUUUACGGUGCCACGUUCGAUUUACCCACUCCAACAUCAUUGCAUAAACCCCAAUUGUCAACGAACCCAAAAGGGACUUGCCCUCAAAAAGGCCGAGCAACGUCAGGCCGUACUAUACAUGCUCGAUAGUGGUCCUAUCCCUGUCUGGUCAGUCCAUCUAUAUUGUGAAAAAUGUAAAGUAAAUUACCACAGUAAUUUCCAUGUUCAUCAGGGUAAGCGGGUAUAUUAUGGGGGUAUACCAGAUGUAAUCCAAGUCGGCGAGCACCAAUUUGUUGAGCACAAGGUAGUUGAGUUGUGGGUAACAUUAAUGGUCGUUUCAUGGACUUCUGCAACAAACUGCACACGAUUCUACAACACUGCCCUCUCUUGCAACCAGCAACCACCUCCAGGAUGGCAGUUUGGAUUUACUUUAGACUUGGACCAUGUCUGGAAUGGCUUUGCCAUCCUCUGUCUUCUUGAGGAUCUUUCUCCACAGAAUGAAACUCUGUCUGUGCCGCACACAGGCCUUGAUCAGGAUCGGUACAAGACAGCAAUGCAGUCAUGA